AUGCAUUUACUACGGAGAAGGCGGCUACAACGGAAGCGGAUCUUUUUCUUGCUUGCCACAGUCUUGGCCCUCGCUCUCUAUCGGCUCCAGCUCAGCCCCGCUGCCCUUCCAACACCACACACGGGCCCCCAGGCUGGGGACCCUGUGAAAGUCACCUCCAGGGACCUCCCCAGCAACAAGACUGCCAGGACAGGCAAUGGCACAGCAGCUCCCAAGAUAAGGCACUGUAUAUAUCUGGAUCCUGAGCCGACUGUGCCCAUCACUGCAUCAGGGGAUACAAUACCCCGGGAGGAAAAUAUCAGUGCAAGCUACCCUGAGGAAAAGCCAAAAUAUGAAUCCAAAGGAGAAUAUCCGCAGGACCUAUUCAGUGUGGAAGAACGCAGGCAAGGGUGGGUUGUACUUCACGUCUUUGGCAUGAUUUAUGUGUUUGUGGCUUUGGCCAUAGUGUGUGAUGAGUAUUUUGUCCCUGCCUUGGGAGUGAUCACGGAAAAGUUACAGAUUUCUGAAGACGUGGCUGGAGCCACCUUCAUGGCAGCAGGUGGAUCAGCACCAGAACUCUUCACCUCCCUCAUAGGUGUCUUCAUCUCACACAGCAAUGUGGGCAUCGGUACCAUUGUGGGCUCAGCAGUGUUUAAUAUCCUCUUUGUCAUUGGCACCUGUGCCCUCUUCUCGAGGGAGAUACUCCACCUGACAUGGUGGCCCUUAUUUAGAGACAUCUCAUUCUACAUUGUAGACUUACUGAUGCUCAUCCUGUUUUUCCUAGACAGUGUCAUUGAUUGGUGGGAAAGCCUCCUUUUACUGACUGCCUACGCCACAUACGUGUUCACUAUGAAACACAACGUGUACCUGGAAGAAUGGGUGAAGCAGGAGCUGAACAGGACACUAAAUACUGUGCAGGCAGCAUCAGCAGAGCAUGUGCAGAAGGAGAGCAAUGGGGCAGUUGCAGAUGAUGAAACAAAGAAGCCAGCAGAUGGGAAGAAGCUGCAGCCUAUGACGGCCUUACAGCGAGGCAGCAGCUCAGCCUCCCUACACAACUCUCAAAUGCGCAGCACCAUCUUCCAGCUCAUGAUCUACACCCUGGACCCCCUGGCAGAAGCAAAAUUUAAAGACAAAGUUGACAUCUUAAGCAACCUGGCCAAUGCUAAGGCAGAUGCUACGAGCAAGCAAGGAUCAAAACCAGAAGCUGACGAGGAAAAGGGGUCCCAAUCAGCAAACGCUCCUCAAGUGAUUCCUGCCAGUGACUCCGAACCCAGCAAGGACAAACACCAGGCAGACGCAGCACAGGACGGACAGCAUUCUUCAGACAGCGGGGACUCGGAAGAGAGCAGCUCUGAGACCGAGGAAGACAGUGACAGCAGCACAGAUGAUGAAGAAAACGAUGAGCCGUUAUCUCUUGAAUGGCCAGAAACCAGGAAGAAACAAGCUAUUUACCUUUUCCUUUUUCCCAUUGUCUUCCCGCUCUGGAGCACUAUACCCGAUGUUAGAAACCCAGACUCCAAAAAGUUCUUUGUCAUCACAUUCUUUGGAUCCAUCAUCUGGAUUGCAGUGUUCUCUUACCUCAUGGUGUGGUGGGCUCACCAGGUUGGUGAAACAAUUGGGAUAUCAGAAGAAAUUAUGGGAUUAACCAUUCUGGCAGCAGGAACAUCAAUCCCCGACCUCAUCACCAGCGUCAUUGUGGCACGCAAGGGGCUGGGGGACAUGGCUGUCUCCAGCUCCGUGGGCAGCAAUAUCUUCGAUAUCACUGUGGGUUUGCCAGUUCCUUGGUUCCUUUUUUCUGUCUUCAAUGGACUCAGUCCAGUUGCAGUCAGUAGUAAUGGUUUGUUUUGUGCAAUUGUUCUCCUUUUUCUAAUGCUCUUGUUCGUAAUCAUUUCAAUUGCUGCAUGCAAGUGGAAAAUGAACAAAAUCCUGGGGCUCACUAUGUUUGCUCUUUACUUUGUGUUUUUGAUCAUCAGUGUGAUGCUAGAAGACAGGAUAAUAUCCUGCCCGGUAUCUGUAUGACA